UAUAUAUAUAUUGUCGAUUUAAUAAUUAAUGUAAUUGUAAUAAAACUAACAAGUAACUCUACAAAAACAAACAACACUGUCUCUCUCUCUAUAUAUAGAUAGAUAGAUUUGCGUGUGUAGGCAUGUGUUGAUGUAGAAGAGUAACCGCCUGAUUGAGGAAUGAGAAGUGGAGACAGGAAGAACAACAUUAACAUCAACAACAGGAGCAGCAAGAAUUCGGAAAAAAGUAAUAACAAAAACAGCAGCAGCAUCAAAUGAAAAAUACAAUCAACACAACACUCCUGUCUUUAUCAACGACAGCACAUAUUCUCUAUAUACACACUGUAUAAAUAUAUUACAGUAGCGAAUAGACAUACAUUGCGCAUAUGUAUAUAAACCAUAUAAUAUAGAUAUAUAGUAUAAUAUAUAAAUAUAUAUAUAUACACACACACCCUCUUUAUAUACACACACACACGUAAAAGAAAAAGCAAACUAUUGUACGAGGAAAUCAUAAAGUUGGCCUUAUUGUACUUAUUAAUUACCCAAAACGGAGACAAGUGGCACGGAUAAUUACCAAGAUGUCUCAACCGGUUUGUGAACUGAAUGAUGGUGUUAAAGAAAGAAUCAAACAGUUCCGUUUCUCUAACAAUAAAUGUACUGCUGCUGUUAUCUUGAAAGUGGACACAAACACUCUGAAGGUUAUUAUAGACACAGAAUAUGAGGAUUGUACAAUGGAUGAGAUCCAGGAAGAGUUACCUGUCUCACAACCCCGGUUUAUUGUUCUCAGCUAUGUGUAUAACCAUGAUGAUGGUCGUGUAUCAUAUCCUCUGAUAUUCAUCUUCGUCAGCCCACAGGGUUGUAAACCCGAGCAACAGAUGCUUUAUGCAGGAUCAGUGAGAGCACUAACAAAGGAAUUGGAAAUGACCAAGGUUUUUGAUGUUCGAAGUACUGAUGAGUUCACAGUGGAAUGGAUAGAAGAGAAGCUGAAACAUACUGCUUAAAGAAUAACGUCUGUGAAAUAACUUCUACUUUAUUGUUUUUUUUUGUUCAUUCUGUCUGUCUGUUGCUCUCUCUGUUCUCCCUCUCUCUGUCUCUCUCUUUUUCUCUAUCUCUAUCAACCUGAGUUGUCUGGGGUUUUUUAACAUUUUGAUUUUUUUUUCUUUUCCACAUAUUUUUUUUUACCUAUGUUCUGCCCUUAUCUUAUCCACUAAUUCAUAUUAAAUUAAUUUUAGUUAACAGAUAAAAAGAAAACAAAUACUCCUACACAUUCACAUAUAUACACAUACACUGAUCCAUACACUUGCUCUCUCACUUACUCACAUACACACAUACACACUUGUUUAUAGUAAAGACAAAAUAGCUGAGUGGAUAAGAUAUUCGGACUGCUGGUUCAAGGACUGUAUAUUCAAGUAUGCUGUAAGAGUUUUGUUGUGUUUCUGGGGCAAGGCACUAUGUUCUACACUGUGUUCAGUUAGCCUAGAUGUCUGGGCCAGACUCCUGGUUUUUCUGGGAAAUUUUCCUGUGAUAGAUUGGUAUCUGGGAUAUAUAGACUGACACCUAAGAUGAUAUAAUAUAUAUAUAUAUAUAUAUAUAUAUAUAUAUAUAUAUAUAAUGUCUAGUAACUGUUGUUACAUCUAUAUUAUGGUUUCGUGCUAGUACCCAAGUAUUUGCACACAGUGAACUUCAACAGAUUUCCACAUCAGUUGAGGAAGCUAAUGGUUUCACACUGGUGUCCUUGGAAAUCUGCUGAAGAUCACUGUGUCCGAAUACCUGAGCACUAGCAUGAAACAAGUUCCUAAAUACUCUAUGAGACUCCCCACAAGUGUGUAUUGAGCACCAUUCGAUUAUUGUUUUUUGCGUGAAAAAAAAACAACAACGUCCAACUAUGCUCCUUACACAUGCACGCGCACACACAUACGCAAACACACACAAAGUCACACACACAUACGUGGGAUGUUGUCUUUGGUUUUCUCCAACAAACACAUAAAAGGGUGCUCAAAUACAUGCGUGUUGUGAAAGUAUGCAAAUUUUGAUAUAUGUACAUCUAUGAGUGUGUUAACUAAGCUUUUAGGUAUCACACCCACUGAUGAUCAUUUCAGUUGCUUCCAAAUGAUGUUGGCUUUGCCAAUUCUUUAUGGUAUGGAUAUGGAAUCCUAUUAUCUCACUUGCACAUAUACACAGGGUGAUUCAGAAAUUCUUUUAGCAUUUAAAUAACAAACAAUAUUAAAAUACUAAAACGACUUUUGAAUCACUGUGUGUAAGUAUACUUAUGUAUAUAUAUAUAUAUAUAUAUAUAUAUAUAUAUAUGUGUGUGUGUGUGUGUGUGUGUAUAUAUAUAUAUAUAUAUGAUACAGUAUACAUAUAUGUAUAUAUAUGUGUAUAUGUAUAUGUUUAUAUAUAUACACACACAUACACACACAUGAAUGUGUGUAUCUAUUUAUAUUCAAAAUAAUAUUUGUGCAAACCACAAAAAGCUAUUUUUCUUUGUUAGAUGAUUUUAUUUUCUAAGCUUCAAAAUAAAUCGUUUUUCACCAAAAUAAAAGAAUUUGAAAAGAAAAUCUUGAAAAAAGUUAAAGAAAAAAAAAUAACACUUGAAACUUGUUCUCUAACACAUAUACUCCACAUGUCAUGAGUAAUUAAACACAUUAGUAAUAAUAAUAAUAAUAAUGCUAUUAAUAUUGAUAUUAAUAAUAAUAAUGACAUUCUAAUUAAUGAUUUAUUUUUGACUAGGUGCAAAUCUAAUUCUUUGGAAAAAUGUGGUAUGGAACAUAUUGUUGUUUAAAUGAAUCAUAAAAUAUGAUUGGUACUUACUUUCAUGAUUACCCUCACUAGCAAUGUAAAACAGUUCAAACUCAGAAUGUGCUGGGUUUAGCUGUCACUUGCAAGUGAGUAUGACCUGGUAGUUUGUGCCAUGCUUUCGCUAAAUGUUUUAGGUUCCCAUGUAGUUGUGAGCAGACGUAUUCACACUCUCUGUCUUCCCAUACUUAAACCCAGCUGAAUAUCAAUGAUGCCACAGCUGGAAGGAGAGAGAGUUGCACCAGCAGUUGAGUAGACUGGAACAGUGUGAAAUGAAGUACCUUGCUCAAGGACAUAACGCACUGCAUAGUUCAGGAGUUGAACCCACAGCCUGACGAUCAAGAGCCCAACACCCUAGUUGCUGAACCACACAUCUUCACAACUCAGAAUGUAAAAGGUUGAAUUUUGUAUAUUGUAAAGAUAUUAAACCUAGUGCUUUGCAAUUCUUACCAGUUGCCUUGUCCUAUCAUAAUAAUAAUAUAAUAAUAAUAAUAAUAAUAAUAAUAAUAAUAAUAAUGUCUUUUUUAUAUUGUCUCAAUGCCACGUCCACAGAUUUUGUGGGAACAGAUAUAUAAAUUGAUUGAAUUGACUUCAGUACACAGCUGGUAUUUGCUUUAAUCAAUCCCUGAAUUAUGAAAGGACUAAAUUCCCUUUGGUGGAAAAUGUACACAGCAUGUGGUGGGGCGAUACUAAAUUUUAAAAGUAAUGCAAUAUUGUACAGUUUCUGCAACUUUGCCUCUGUUAAUAAUAAUAGCAAGAACACCAACAAGAACAAGAACAACAAUAAUAAUAAUAAUUAUAUGCCACAGGAAUGUUGGAUGAAAGGAACAUUAUGAAAACAGGUUACAAUAAGGUAUGGGGGUUUACAUAAAAAUCAUACAAGGAAAAUUGUAUGUGUUUUAUAUUAAUAUGAUUAUGUAUAUAACAUUUUUUAUUGAUAUUUUUUUAAAAAAUCAAUAAGAAAUCCUUGGUUUUUGUAUUUGGUUUGCAAGAUUCUUGAUUUGAAUAUUGUGUUGAAUGACCCUCUCUAGCCACAAUAAGAAAUCCUCUGAGGAACUAGUAUAGUGGAAUUAGUAGAGAGCUUGACUAAAUGCUAUGUAGUAUUUAGUUUUUUUUUUGUCACUCUACAUCCUGAACUUAAAUUUCAUCAGAGGUGACAUUUUAUAUUUCUUCCUCACCAGAUAGAUAUAGGAUAAGUACCAGUUAUGUACAGGGAUUGAUUUAAUUGACUAUAUGCCUACCCUAAAUGUUGUGACCUUGUGCUCAAUCAUUAUUAUGCAGUGGGCAUGCUGUAAAAGCAAAUUUUGUUAGCUUCUGUUGAAUCAAGUCCCCAAACCCAAUGGUGAUUGAAGCUAUUUCACUAAUGCUCUUGAAAAGACCAUGAACGUCAUAAUCCUUUUUAUAAAUUUGUGAUUGUAUUUUCAAAUAAUGAUUCAUUGCUGUAAGACUCAUAUGCAUGACUUUCAGUUUACUCUUUAUAAAAACAAAAUAUGUAUUUUCCCUUUCAAAUUCUCUUUUAUUACCUUUGUUUAUUCUUUUUCUUUUUUUUCUUGUUUUUUUGUCCUUUUUCUGACCCACAAUUUUCCAAAAUGGAAAGACAUACUGGGUCUUUUGUCUUUUGAUGUUCAUUACUUAGACUUGACAGAUCAGGAUGUCUCAGAAUUUUUUUUUUAAUUAAAA